GAGUGUCGGAACAGCAGGAUGCUCAGAAAGGCAACAGCUCUCCAUGCAUGGUCCUGCGCAGACAUAAAACCCUGUCCAAGGUGGUGACAGGGCCACCCCUGGGGACCAUGCUCAGCAUCCUGAUGGAGCUCUGCCCCAGCACUGGCUUUGCUGAGGCACAUUGGCUCUCCCUCCUCUUUCUGGCCGCACUGAGUGUUCCCUCACUGCCAAAAUCCCUGCCUGCAGCAUAUGGUGACAAUGGAGGGCCUCAGGAGGGCACAGGUCUGAUUCAGUGUGGGGAGUACAGCAACCAGGUGCUGCCCAAUGGCCGCUGCAAGAUCGUGGCCACACUGCCCCAGGGGGAUGAGCAGCGGUGCCCAGACAUGUUUCGCUGUACCGACGAGGUGUCUUAUUGGCUCCACGAGAAUGAGGAACGCAAGCAGCAGAUACUGGAGAUGCGGGAGCUGAUCUCAGAGCUUCAGGAGGAGCUGAGAAACCACCGACAUCGCAUCAAGGUCCUGGAGCUCCAGCAUGAAGAGGCAGCUGGGAGGAACCACAGCCUGGAGCAGCGAGUACAGGACCUGGAGCAGAGGUACAGCGAGGCCAGCACCCUGCAGCACAUCCAGGCCACGCUGCUCUAUGACAUGCAGGCACAGAUCAACAAUAUCUCCGUGCUGACCGACUGGGUCUGGCGGAACCCCACCUGCCUCAACCCUGCUGAGAUGAGGCUGCAGGAGGAGAUGGAGCGGCCAGAUAUGAGGCACGUCAGGAACUGCCCCAUUGACUGCGCUUCUGUUUACUACAACAGGCUCCGUCGAUCUGGGAUCUACAGCAUCAUGCCCUCUGUUGGAGGGAUGCCCAUCGAAGUGUUGUGUGAAAUGGACACUGAAGGUGGGGGCUGGACAGUCAUCCAGAAGCGUCAGGACGGCUCAGUUGACUUCAAUAGGACCUGGAAUGAAUAUAGGGAAGGUUUUGGGGAUCUGAAUGGUGAAUUCUGGCUGGGCAACGAGAACAUCCACAAGAUAACGAGCCAGGGAGACUACUCUCUGCGUAUCGACAUGGAGGACUGGAACAACAAACACAAGCAUGCCUUCUACCAGAUCUUCAGCAUUGAGGACGAGGCCAACUCUUACCGCCUGCACGUGGAUGGGUUCAGCGGGACGGUGGAGGAUUCCUUUGCCUGGUACCACAACAAGAGGAGCUUCAGCACGCCUGACUCAGGGAACAUCUGUGCUGAGAUCUCCCACGGGGGCUGGUGGUACCACCAGUGCUUCUUCUCCAACCUCAACGGGGUGUACUACAAGGGUGGCCGAUACUCCAUUAAGAACCGCAAGAUCCUCGGGCCGGAUGGCGUUGUGUGGUACUCAUGGAAGGACACAGACUACUACUCCCUGAGGAAGGUCGUCAUGAUGAUUCGACCACGCACUUUCCGGCCCCACAUCUCCCCAUGAAGGAGCCGUGGGCAUUCUUCAAUUCACCUAAGAGUGAAUGCUGGGAACAGAGGGCUGGAAAUAGCUUGUUGUGAGGAAAAACUGGAGACGCCCAAGGAACCGAGCCACCAUCCUUCCUGAAUUGAACCAACAGCAGAAGUGUCAAGGCCUUCAGCAAGUGACUGGGGGAUAAAAGUUCUUCUGACAACAUGGAGGUGGGUGAUGAGAACUGCUUUGUAGAGAUGAGCAUGGAGCUUGCUGGUUCUCCAGGUAGCAGCAGUCCUUGGUGUGCUUGGGCUUCCUCAGGGCCAGAGCCCAAAUCUGGACAUUGGUUUUGGCUGGGUGAUGGGAAUUUAAGUUGAAUGGAGAUGCUGAGUACUCUGAAUGCAAAUCUGACAGUAAUUUCAGGCCAAGAAUCUUGUGGACAUUUUCCACAUAGGAUGUGAUUGGUCAGUUUUUUCUCUGUAAAAGAUGAGCAUCUCUCUGGGCAUGGCUGUUUCUGUGUUCAGGUGGCCAUGUGUGUAUUUAGUACUGAUGAUCCACCACUAUCACACACAGAUGUCCUAGGGUGGGUUCAAGGUGCUAAGACAGCCCUGGGGACGAGGGGAAACCAAGGUUGGACGGAUUCCAGAGAUGGAUUCAUGGGAAAAAUGGAGGAAAGUCUGCAGCGGUCCCUGCGUCUGUAGCAGGGACAAUUUAGCUGCAGCAAUUAUGCUCAAAAUAAAAGGAUUUAAGAAUCAAAUUGUUGACUGCUUUCCAUUUUCCGUUCUGUUUUCACCUUUCUAACCUUUUGCUGGCAAAGAACUGAACUUCUGAUGAACUUUCUAUCCACCUCAAAAGUGGUCUGCAGGAAUGGUUAGGUAUGACUUUAAGUCUUCUUUAACUGCCUUACUCUGGAUAAAGAUUGUCACUGGUCACUGUUCUCUUUUAAUUUUUGUAGCCACCUUUCAAGCAUUCAAAAAAGGAGU